AUGGCGACGGGAGGCGGCGGGAGGCGGCGGAGGGCGGCGGGGCUCCCGGGACUGUGGUGCUGGAGGAGCUGCUACGUGCCGCUGCUGCUCUGGGUGGUGUCGGUGUGCGGGGAGGAGAAGACGUUCAUCGUGGAGACGUGGCUGAAGAACUACGGCUACCUGCUUCCUCAUGACGUCCGCACGUCGGACCUGCGGCAGGAGAAGGCCAUGCAGUCGGCCGUGGCGGCCAUGCAGCGCUUCUACGGCAUCCCAGUGACCGGAGUCCUGGACCAGACCACCAUCGAGUGGAUGCGGCGGCCUCGCUGUGGCGUCCCCGACCAUCCUCACACCAGCCGCCGGCAGAGGAACAAACGCUACGCUCUGACCGGACAGCGGUGGCGGGACAAGAAGAUCUCAUACAGCAUAUCCAACUUCACCCCCAAAGUGGGCGAGAAGGACACCCAGCGAGCGAUUCGACAAGCCUUCAACGUCUGGCAGACGGUCACGCCGCUCUCCUUCCAGGAGGUCCCGUACUCGGAGAUCAAGAACGAGGGCAAAGAGGCCGACAUCAUGAUCUUCUUCGCCUCCGGUUUCCACGGCGACAGCUCCCCGUUCGACGGCGAGGGCGGCUUCCUGGCCCACGCCUACUUCCCCGGCGCCGGCAUCGGAGGCGACACGCACUUCGACUCCGACGAGCCGUGGACGCUCGGCAACGCCAACCACGACGGUAACGACCUGUUCCUGGUGGCGGUCCACGAGCUGGGCCACGCUCUGGGCCUGGAGCACUCCAACGACCCCAGCGCCAUCAUGGCUCCGUUCUACCAGUACAUGGACACGCACAACUUCAAGCUGCCGCUGGACGACCUGCAGGGCAUCCAGAAGAUCUACGGUAUCCCCACGGCGAUGCUGGAGCCCACCAGGCCGCUGCCCACCCUCCCCUCCAGGCGAACACACUCCACCUCCGAGCGGAAACACUCUCGCCCGGCUCGGCCGCCCGGCGACCGGCCGGCGCUGCCUGGCAACGGGAAGCCCAACAUCUGCGACGGCAACUUCAACACGGUGGCCUUCUUCAGGAGGGAGAUGUUCGUCUUCAAGGAUCGCUGGUUCUGGCGUCUGAGGAACAACAAGGUGCAGGAGGGCUACCCCAUGCAGAUCGACCAGUUCUGGAAAGGCCUGCCGCCGCGCAUCGACGCCGCCUACGAGAGGUCCGAUGGCAAAUUCGUCUUCUUCAAAGGUGAUAAGUACUGGGUGUUCAAGGAGGUGACGGCGGAGCCCGGCUACCCCCACAGCCUGGUGGAACUGGGCAGCUGCCUCCCCAAAGACGGCAUCGACACGGCGCUGCGCUGGGAGCCCGUCGGAAAGACCUACUUCUUCAAAGGCGACCAGUACUGGCGCUACAACGAGGAGAAGCGCACGGCCGACCCGGGAUACCCCAAACCCAUCGCCGUCUGGAAGGGGAUACCGGACGCCCCGCAGGGCGCCUUCAUCAGCCGGGAGGGAUACUACACCUACUUCUACAAGGGGAAGGAAUACUGGAAGUUCGACAACCAGAAGCUGACGGUGGAGCCCGGAUACCCCAAGUCCAUCCUGCGCGACUGGAUGGGCUGUGACCAGUCGGACAUGGAGCGCUCCGGCGGCAACGGCAACCGCGGCGACCGGCAGCUGCCCCUCGACGACGUGGACAUCAUGGUGACCAUCAACGACGUCCCCACCACGGUCAACGCCAUCGCCGUGGUGAUCCCCUGCAUCCUGUCGCUGUGCAUCCUGGUGCUGGUCUACACGAUCUUUCAGUUCAAGAACAAGGGCGUGCAGCAGAGCGCCAUGACGCAGCACUACUACAAAUACCCGGUGCAGGAGUGGGUAUGACAGGCGUCGGCAGCAGGUCAUGGAGUUACAGGGGUUCAAGCUCAGCUGUUAGCUCGCUAAUGUUGGCUAACAUCCUACAACGCUAGCUGAAGGACGCUAACUGUGCUAGCUAGUGAAUGGUACGGACGGACGCAGAGUGGAAGAGCUCUGCGGGAGUAGAUUUAGACUGUUUGUGAGUGUGAGAGGUUUGUGUCCGUCUUCUGACACACUUUAACGUAUAAGGACGCUUUAAAAGAGGAUCUGAAAGAGAAAAAGAAAAAAAAAAAAAGCGCAUCUUCCCUGAUCCGAUGAGGGAACGUGGACUUUCUUCUGGGACCUAAAACUCACCAUCUCCUUCUCAGUGAAAACAAAAAGAAAGAAAAAUAGGAUUUGGAGCAGAAAAGAAAUUCGCUCCUCUAAGCCAGACACCAACAACUUGAACUGCUUCAGAUUCAAUAACAAAAAAAAAAAAAACAAAAACAAGAAAAGAAACAGCUUCAAAAU